CCUGCACACCAAACGUGGUUCCUGCAGAGUGAAGGCCGCAGCGCGGAUAGUUUCUUUCUGACUGGUUUGGGUUUGCGCUUCGCGGUCUCCUACUGUUUCUACCUUCUCAGUCUGGGUCCCUUGGGAUCUUUAGGUGCCCGCCACGCAUCCUCCACCCGGGGCGCUGGAGGCCGGUCCUGCACUUCCCUCCCCGACAGCGGACCCCUUCCUCCGCUCCCGCCUUGCCCGCUGCCCUCUUCGAGGCCAACGCAGUCCACACCUCGGGGGGACACGACCUCUCCCGUGCCUCCCCUCCUGGUGUCGCGUCGCCGCCCAGGCCUCCCCUGGAAGUCUCCCUGCCGGGCCAGGGGAGGUGACUUGGACCUGUCCUGUGGGCAGGGUUCAGGGUUAGGCUUCUUGAGUUCCUAGUUCUCCCCGGUGGGUGAUGUGCUGGUCUCCUGGCAGAUCUCUUGGCUCUACAUUGCUUGGUUCCCCACUGCGUCCAGUCCUCUCCCUUGCACUCCAGGAGCCUCUGUCCAGUUUUCUCCUGGACUUCUGUGCUGGGAAGUGUAACCAGCAUCUCCAUUUUCGAGUGUCCAAAAGUGAUUUGAUUUGAUUUUCUGUGAGAUCACGAAAAAAUAUUGUACAGUAUUGCCAAGUUGCUCAGACUAGGCUGGAACUUGUGAUCCUCUUGCCUCAGCCUCUCAAAGUGAUGGGAGGUUGGGUGUGUGGUGCCCCACCCAGUUCCAAAAGUGGCUUUCUGAGUUUGCCUACACAUAUCCCCGCUAUAGCCCUCCACAUCGCAGCCAAGAGUGACACCCUCGGAUUAAGGUGACCAUUUCAGCGUGUCCUUAAAAUACAUUUUGUUAUUUGUAAGGGUUUUAAUUUUUUUUGUUUAAAUUACCAUGCUGGUUGUCAUGUAAGUGAUCUCCCAGUGAGCCACACUCCCAGUCAUUGUAAGUUAAAAAUAAAUGAAUAAAUAAAUGUUUGUUUUUAACGGUGAAGGAAUAUGUAGUUCCCAAAAUUCUUUACACGUUUUGGAAAAUAAUGUUGGAAACCUCGAUCCUACCUGUGUUGCUUCCCCGGGCUCUGUUCACAUCUCUUUCAAUGUUCUCACAGCACUCUGCUCCAGUUAUAUGGGCCUCUCUGCUUUUCCUCAGGACCAAGUUUGUUCCUGACUCAGGCUUUCAUUUCUGCUGUCUCACUGCCUAGAACUCUGACACCUCAGCUGUGAGUGGCAAGUGCUCUCCCUUUCUUAAGUCUUGGUACUACUAUCACCUCUCCACAGAGAUCUGAGAUUUGACAAACUGCAUUCCUGGUAGUAUGUAGGCCACCUUCUCAAACCCACUUUGGUCCAUAACCUGCUCUCUGUUUUAUCCUGGGCCUUCCUCUUUUUAUGGUCUGGCUCCUGCUCUAGGUAGGGAGCGAAAAAAAGUUUUCUUCUGUUACAUUUUCAGUACAACUUCGAAAACUUAUGAUGCCAAAUGUAUGGGCUUUUCCCCGUAGACACUGAGCACUUCUCCAGCGAACACCACUUGGGCUCCUGUAAUUCAGUUCAUGUGUGUACGUGGAGUUAAAGCCAGGUCCCACGGGUUAAGGACUGCCUCCUGCAAGACAGCUGCACCCAGCAGGUGCUAGUGACCUUCAAGGAUGUAGCUGUAGAAUUCUCCCAAGAGGAAUGGGAAUCCUUGGAUCUUACUCAGAGGGCUCUGUACAAGGAGGUGAUACUAGAGAACUCUAAGAAUCUGGUCUCACUGGGAAUCUGUCUUCCUAACCUGAGUGUUAUCUCUAUGUUGGAGCAUGGGAAAGAGCCCUAGACUAUGAAGAAUGAAUUAAAAAUAGCACAAACCCCAAGUAGAUGGAAAUGUGUCAAAGCUAUGAGCACAGAUACAUCUUCUACAUGUGUGAUCCAGGAAUUACCACCUACAGAGAAGAAGAACAUCAGAGAAAUAUCUCAAAAUAUGACAUUGGAAAGACAUGAAUUUCACCACAUCCAAGACUUCUACUUUAGGGUAAUCUGGGAAAAGAUGCAUAAUGUUGACUGUCAAGGGAGAAACAAUGAAAGAAAUUAUAAAGGAGCACCUGUAAUGCAAAGAAAUGAGUUCACUGGCAAAGGAGAUCAGUAUAGAAAGCCUACAGAAAAGAAGUCUGUUGAAAAUCAGUUUCAAUUAAGCUGUUGGACACAUCUAACUGAGAUUCAGGGAUUUCAGAGUAAAAGUAAAAUUUAUAAAUGUAGUCAAUUUGAGAAAUCUAGCAAUGCUGGUUCUUCAUUUUUACCACUUCCACCAGUUCUUCCCAGAGUCAACUGUAACAUUGCAGAGAUACAUGAGAAUAAUCCCCUCCAAUGUUUAUUACACUCACAAGACUGGAAAGUACACAGAGAGAAACCUUACAAAUGUAGUGAGUGUGGCAAGGCCUUUAAUCAGGGCUCCCAUCUUAACAGACAUCUGAUGAUCCAUACUGGAGAGAAGCCAUAUAAAUGGGAUAUAUGUGGCAAAAUGUUCAGUCAGAAGUCAAACCUAGCAAGUCAUUAUAGAAUCUACAUUGGAGAGAGACCAUAUAAAUGUAAUCAGUGCUCAACAUUCAGUCAACAUUCACAUCUUGAAAAUCAUCAGAGAGUUCAUACUGGAGAGAAGCCUUAUAAAUGUAAUGAAUGUGGCAAAGCUUUUAAGGUGCGUGCAAGCCUAAUUAACCAUCAAAUGAUCCAUAAUGGAGAGAAACCUUACAAAUGUGAAUGUGGCAAGGCAUUUUCCCAAAAGUUACAACUCCUGAAGCAUCACAGAACUCAUACUGGAGAGAAACCACACAAAUGUAAUAAAUGUGGUAAAAUGUUUAUCCAAAAUUCAAGUUUAGUGGACCAUCAAAGUAUUCAUUUUGGAGAGAAACCACAUAAAUAUUACGAGCGUGGUAAAGCAUUUUUUGUACGUUCAAGCCUGACUAACCAUCUGAUAAUUCACGCUGGGGAGAAUCCUUACAAAUGUAAUGAGUGUAAAAAGGCUUUUAUCAAUCGUUCAAAUCUUAAGGGUCAUGUGAAUAUUCAUUCUGGAGAAAAGCCAUCAAAUGUAAUGAAUGUGGGAAAGCCUUUAGGCAGUGGUCUGACAUUAGGAUUCAACAAAGAAUUCAUGCUGGAGAGAAACCAUACAAAUGCAAUGAGUGUGGCAAAGCCUCUUCUUAAGUUUCCCAUCUGAGUAAACACCAGAUAAUCCAUAUUGGAAAGAAACCAUAUAAAUGUGAUCUGUGUGAUAAAGUCUUUAGUCCAAAUUGCCAUCUUUCAAGCCAUCAUAGAAUUCACACUGGAGAGAAACCUUACAAAUGUAAUGAAUGUGGCAAAGCCUUUAGGCAUUGGUCUGAAGUUAGGAUUCACUUAAGAAUUCAUGCUUUUCAAAGCCUUUACUCAGGGUUCACACCUCAGUAAAUACCAAUUAAUCCACACUGGAGAGAAACCAUAUAAAUGUGAUCUUUGUGACGAGUUUUUCAGUCAGAAUUCCCAUCUUUCAAGUCACCAGAAAAUUCAUACUGGGGAGAAACCUUACAAAUGUAAAGAGUGUGCAAAAGCCUUUAGGCAGUGGACUGACAUCAGGAUUCACUUAAGGAUUCAUGCUGGAGAGAAACCAUACAAAUGCAAUGAGUGUGGCAAAUUCUUUACUCAGGGUUCUCAAUUCAGUAAACAUCAGAUAAUCCAUACUGGAAAGAAACCAUAUAAAUGUGAACUGUGUGACAGUCUUUAGUCAGAAUUCCCAUCUUUCAAGUCACCAGAGAAUUCAUACUGGGGAGAAACUUUAUGUCUUAGUUACUUUUUACUCGUCGCUGAGACAAAAUACCUGAAGCCCAAAGUUGGGAAAGGAAAGGUUUAUUUCUUACAGUUUUUGGAGGUUUCAGUCCACACUCAGUUGUCUCCAAGACAGGCAGGCAUGGCUGGGCUGCAGUUUAUGGUGGCCACCAGCAGCAAACUCAAAUCAGCAAAGAGAAAAAUACACCUUCUUCCUGCCAUUACAUCACAUCCUGGCUCCACCCCUAUAUGGGUGGAGCACUGACACCAUCAAUCCAAGCACUAUACAAUGAACCAUCACAAAUGAACAAUGCAAACUCAUGUUUGUGGGGGACACAAACAUAAACCAUGACAUUCCACCCCUGGCCCCCAGGACUCAUGUACAUCCUUUAUACAAAAGACAUUUAGUCCACCUCCAAGAGUUGCCAAAGUCCUAACAGCUUCAACAUUGCUGAAAAGUCCAAGUCCCAAGUCUCCUCCAAGACCUAUGGCAAACUCUUAACUGUAAGCCCCUGUACCAAAGAAACAAGGUUAAACAUUUCUGAAAUGCAAAGGCACAAGAUAAAUAUUACCAUUCCAAAAGUUACAAACGGGAAUACAAAGCAUUGGAAUCAAAGCAAGUCCAACAUCCAGCAGGACGAACAUUAAGUCCUAGAGUUCCAAGCUCAGCAUCUGAAGCAGCUCUGGUUGCAAGUUCCAAAAGCCUUGGGUGAUUCCACCCCCAGGGCACCUCUGGUGAUUUCAACUCCUGCAGCUUUUCUCUUAAAUCUUCUCUGCUCGCUUUUUGCAGCUUCCCUUGGAUCAUCCACAUUCCUGGCUUUUCCAAACUUCUGGGGUCCCCACUGCACCUUCGGCUUCAGCUUUACAUCUUCACAAAUUGCCCUCUCAGGGGCACACUGCUUGACCUCCCAGGCCCUUUGCAAUAGAGGUGGAAGCCGUCUUACCCUCAGAAUUCAUGCAUUUUCCUUGCACCUAAAAUUAGCACCUUGUGGAUGCCGCCAAGGUUUGCUGUUAGCUGAAGCAGUAGCCAGGCUUUUCUCUCUCUUGGCUGUAGGGGUCAGUUGCCUGGAUCGCAGGGCUCUGUCUACCUGAUUGUGAUGAAAAGCUUCUCUGUGUUGCCGCCAUUCUGGAACCUCACGUGGCCUCUGUCACCAUUCUGGAAACUCACGUGGCCUCUGUCGCCAUUCUGGAGCAUGGCAAUCUUCAUCUUUGCUGUGAGGCUGCACAGGGUGAGGACCUGCUUCCUGGGAUGCCCCGGGGCCAUCUUUCUUAUCUCUCUGUUUCUCCUCAGGAAUCAAAAUCUCAACUCUGUCUUUACAAUCCACACCCUUCCUGGAAUCUUCCUUCGGGCCAAACUCACAGUAUUGGAAAUUAUCUUGCUGGGCUCUUUGCUCCUGAUUUGAAACAUAAAGCUGGCUAAAAGCCUCCAACAAUAGCCAUGCCACAGCCUCAAUGUUCGAUUGCUUUUUAAUUUCUUUUUCAAGAUUAAUCAGUUCAUUGCCCUUUGUGUCAGUCUCAGGCAAAGUCUCUGGGCAGGAGCAAAAUGCAGAAAAACUUUCUGCCAAGCCAUAACACACAUCAUGUGGAGUCCAACAACCAAUGCAGUCCUUUCCAGGAGAAACCUCCCAAGCCUGGUCUUUACCAUCAGGCUUUCUAUCAGCUUUCUGGUCUCUUGAGCUCUGACCAGAAUCUCCUCUACAGAACAGCCUAAGCUGCUCCAACUCUAUGCAUCCAGGUGACAUGUCCAAACCUUUCCAAACUCCGCCCAUAAGUCAUUUCCAAAGCCUCUUGAAAAAACAUGGCCAGGUAUAGUCACAGCAAACGACCCCACUCCUCGAUACCAAAUUUCUGUCUUAGUCACUUUGCACUCGUCGCUGAGACAAAAUACCUGAAGCCCAAAGUUGGGAAAGGAAAGGUUUAUUUCUUACAGUUUUUGGAGGUUUCAGUCCACACUCAGUUGUCUCCAAGACAGGCAAGCAUGGCUGGGCUGCAGUUCAUGGCGGCUGCCAGCAGCAAACUCAAACCAGCAAAGAGAAAAACACACCUUUUUCCUGCCAUUACAUCACAUCCUGGCUCCACCCCUAUUUGGGUGGAGCACUGACACCAUCAAUCCAAGCACUCUACAAUGAACCAUCACAAAUGAACAAUGCAAACUCAUGAGGCCUGGGGGACACAAACAUAAACCAUGACACCUUACAAAUGUAAAGAGUGUGGGAAAGCCUUCUGUGUACAUUCUAGCCUAACUUACCAUCAGGUAAUUCAUAGUGAAGAAAAACCUUCCAAGUGUAGGGAGUGUAGCAAGACUUUUAUGAAGCUGCUCCACCUUAGACAUCAUGAAAAAGUACACUCUGAAAUGAAGCCUUAUAGAUGCAUAGAAUGUGGCAAGUCCUAUAGAUAGUGGUCUGACAGUGCUCAAAGAAUUUCUUGUGGCAAGAAACUUUAAGGAUGUGAUGAGUGUGACAAGACCUUUAACCAGGGCUCCCAUCUCAAUACAUAACAUAAUGUACUGGAGAAAAACCAGUGCAAUGCGUGUAGCAAGGUUUUCAGUCACAGUUCACACCUUCUGAAUCAUAGAAUUCAUACUGGAGAGAAGCCUUAGAAAUGUAAUCAGUGUGGUAAAGCCUUUAAUGUGCAUUAAUGUAUAACUAAACAGCUGUUUCAUAGUGGAGAAAGCUUACAAAUGCAGUGAAUGUAGUAAGGCUUUGAACAGGAUCACACCAUAAACUUAUGAGAAAAUUCAU